AUGGAAACUCCUGACAAUCGAUUCUCCGAGUUAGUCGACUUGGUGAAGGCCUGGAUCCCUCAGAGGCCCAAGCCUGCGAAUGUGUCUAGGGCCUUUUGGAUGCCCGACCACAGCUGUAGGGUCUGCUACGAAUGUGAUUCCCAGUUCACCGUUUUCAACCGUCGUCACCAUUGCCGACUCUGUGGUCGUGUUUUCUGUGGGAGGUGCACUGCGAAUUCUGUCUCCGUCCCAUCUGAUGAGGCCAUUGGCGGCAGGGAGGAGGGUGAGAAGAUCAGGGCUUGUAACUAUUGCUUCAAGCAAUGGGAGCAGGAUCUAGCAGCUGCCGAGAAUGGAAAUCCAGCGUCCAGUCCAGGUCUCAGCUCUUCACCAUCGGCUACGAGUUUGGCCAGCAUCAAGUCUAGUGGAACUGCUCAUAGCUCCAAUACUAUCGCUGGCUCUGUGCCAUAUGCAACCACCACUUACCAGAGAGCAGUGUUUAAUUCCGGUCUUGGCACCCCUGGUCAGUCUGCUGGAUUGGAGCCUUAUCCAGACAGACAGGACCUGGCGACAGAGGAGAGAAACAAGGAUUCUUCUAUGGCACUCGUACCAGAUCCUCCUCGCAACUCCUUUGGCUUUUGCAUGAACAGGUUGGCAUAUACAUUGUUGGGAUUUAAAUUACUGACCAGACGGGACGUUAUUUUUGUUAUGAAAAAUAUAAAUAUACAUUUAAAUUACUUGGGAUUUGUUAUGAACCUCGUCAAGAAAUUGGGGUUUACCUUGGUAACUAUUAUGUAUAAAACUCAUCGAAUAAGCAUGCUGUUAAAAAGUUAAAUAUGGCUUUUGAUUUUUACUUCCUCCUUCAGUCUUGGCAUUUUCUUGGAGUCCCUAUGGUUUUCGCUCUCAGUAUAGUCUUUUUAGAAUCAUAAAAAUUUCUAAUCAAGCUCUGUGAUUGGAACGCAUCAGAAUUUGGCUGAGGACAGCCUCAUCUGACAAGAGUGAUUGGUUGAAAUAAUAUUUUGCAUGAAACAUAUAAAAAAAAACUAAGACAUCAGAAAUUUAAUCCUUACAUCCAAAUUUCAAUUAUCUUCGAGUCUUCUUCCUCAGAAGCAUAAGAUUUUUCAUGUAAUUCGCCACUGAAGGAGACGGACAGUAUUCCAUGUAGAUGUGCAACUUCUAGGAUAGUAGACUUUGUCCUCGUAUGCAUAUCGUGCACAUGUUUCUGUUUCAUGUUCUAUGAGUAUAUAUAUUUUGAAGACUCUAUGAGGUCAACCUCGUGGACUCCAUGGACAUUGAGGAUCAAUGAUUUUUAAUGUUAUAUUGUAUUGAGAUAGUAUUGGUUUUCGUUAUUCUCUGUGCGUAAAUAUUUCCAAGCAAAAAGAAGAGCGCAGCAAGGGCCUGCCUCACGUAAUUACAUUUCCUAGUUCUUUGUUUAUCUUUCUCUCUCUAUAGAUAUAUUCCCUCCUGUCUCUGUCUGAUAUAUUCUGUUUACUCAGUUGUAGAAGUGAUGAUGAGGAAGAUGAAUAUGCCUGUCGUUCUGACUCAGACACGCGUCAAUUUCAUCACUCUAAUGAUUACUAUGUUCCCGUUGAGUUUGAUGAAGUUGACCAUGGAUACAGACCAGAGAAUGUGCAUCCGUCCGAGGAUAAUAAUGAUCAGAAAUAUUUAUCAUCACCACAGAACAGAGGAACAGAAUUUGAAACUUCUUUGUCUGUCGAUAAAAUGAUAGAUGAAGCAGGAGGCAAUAAUAUGUAUGAUUGUGAUGCUUCAUCUUCUAUAUACAACAUGGAAGGUGCAGACUCUGAACAUCCAGACACUGAGCCCGUUGAUUUCGAGAAUAAUGGGUUGCUUUGGCUCCCUCCAGAUCCUGAGGAUGAGCAAGAUGACCGAGACAUUGGCCUUUUUGAUGAUGAUGAUGAAGAGGAUACUUUAGGCGAGUGGGGGAAUCUACAAUCUUCAAACAGUUUUGGUAGUGGGGAGUUCCGGCUUCGAGAUCGUCCAAAUGAUGAUCAUAGGAAGGCCAUGAAGCAUGUUGUUGAUGGACACUUUAGGGCCUUGGUGUCUCAACUACUUCAGGUUGAGAAUCUACCCAUAGGUGAAGAGAAUGACAAGGAAAGUUGGUUGCAGAUCAUCACAUGUUUGUCAUGGGAAGCAGCUACUUUGCUCAAGCCAGACACGAAUAAAGGAGACGAAAUGGAUCCUGGUGGCUAUCUGAAAAUUAAAUGCAUAGCCUGUGGGCAUCGUAGCGAGAGGUAUUUUCCCUCUGAACAUCUCUUUCAUUUCGUUUUGUAUUGUACUUUCAGUUCUUAUGGAAAUGAGGAACCUACCUCCCUGUGAAGACAUUAAUCUGAUUUCAAAAAAUAUGAUCGGAUAGCUCCUUUUGCAAUUUAUUUGGAUUGUGGGGCUCAAAAAACUGCAGUAUGGUUUUCCUGAUAAAAUUUUUGGCGUCAUUUUCCAGUAUGGUGAUUAAGGGAAUAGUUUGCAAAAAGAAUGUGGCACAUCGGCGCAUGACAGCAAGAAUUGAAAAGCCACGCUUCCUUAUCCUUGGUGGAGCACUCGAGUACCAACGGAAAGCAAAUUCACUGUCAAGCGUUGAUACUCUGUUGCAGCAGGUGUGAUGAAUUUUUUGCUUUUAGAAUUUUUUGGUCGUUGCUUUUUGUCUGUAUGGUCUUCGCUCUUAUAUUUUUUGUUCUUGCUAGGAAACGGAUCAUUUGAAGAUGGCAGUUGCAAAGAUAGAUGCCCAACACCCAAAUGUCCUUUUGGUAGAAAAGUCUGUCUCUCGUUUUGCCCAGGAGUGCCUUCUUGCGAAAGGCAUAUCUCUCGUUCUCAAUAUGAAAAGACCUCUUCUAGAGCGCGUAGCCCGGUGCACUGGUGCACACAUAGUUCCUUCUGUUGAUAACCUGUCUUCCCAGAUGCUGGGUUAUUGUGAUUUAUUCCAUGUUGAGAAGCUUCUUGAGGAGCAUGGAAGUGCAGGCCAAGGUGGGAAGAAAUUGGUGAAGACUCUGAUGUUUUUCGAAGGGUGCCCUAGGCCCUUGGGCUGCACUGUAAGUCCUAAUCUUUAUGUCCUCGUUUAUUUCUUCUUGAAUGCGAAUACUCUGUCCUUUUGGGCUGGGGAUAAUUCUGUUUAUGCUGUUUUGCCAAUAAACAAAGAUCCUCUAUCUUCCAGUGUCUGAGUGUGCAAUGUUAUUUUAGACCAAGAACUCAGUACUUCGUAAUACCUUUUUUAUUUUAUUUUAGUUGAUCUCACCAGUCUUUCAGUUUCUAGCUGAAUUUCUUUUAGUUUUUUGGAUGGUGAAACGAGUCCACCAAUAAAAAGAAUCAGAACAGCAAUUAUUCGUGGCUAACUUAUUUGCUCAUUUAACAAGAUGUUAAAUAAGUACGAUUGGAGAUUAUCACAAAAAUAUGUAACGAGGAAAAAGCUGACUCUACUGGUUUGGAGGCCUUGUGUUUAGUAGUAUGACCUGUACCAUCUUGGGCUAGGUCACAAUUAUUUGUUAAGCGGUUUUACCGCACUGCCUAUAGGAGUUAUGCUUGUACAUUCUUUCAUUUUUUAUUUGUUUAUCAGAUGAUACUACCUAUUUUUACAAGAAAAUAACAUAGUGUUCUUCCCAUCCUUUGCCUCGCCAAGACAGUAGAGCAGACAGGUUCUGUCGUCUCCAUUCUUUUGGACUGUUGAUUAUAAUGCAUGAUUAUGUUAAUAGUCUUUUAUAGAUCUUAGUAGUAUUGUCGAAAUAUUCUGUUGCUCCUCCACCUUCAUAUGGUCCACAACGUUGCUGGUUAAGGCACAAUCUGUCAGUCAAUAUCUUUGGACAGCGACCAUGUUAACGACUUCAAGAAUUCCUUCAUUUCUUUGUACGCGCCAGCAUUAUUCUGAACAGGUUACAAUAAAAUUUUCUGCGUAACAUUCACAAUUUUACAACCCACGAAUUCAAAACCUGUCUUUUCUGUGAACACAAACACGUGGCCUGAGCUCCAGGAACCUAUCAAAAAGUGUUAUAUUUUUACGGUAAGCUUGGUCUCCCAUAUUAAUCUUGUCUUGCAAGUUCUGACACCCCUUGGUCUUAUUAGUGGUUUGUGACCCGAUAUCUUAAAAAACUAUACAUGUUCAAGCUGAAGAAGAACAAGGACAAUAACAAGAAGAACAUGUAGGACAAAUACUGCAGCUAAAGGCGACCGUAAAAAAAACAUAAAAUAGUUUAGAAGUGGCCUGGAAUGUGUCUUCAUUGCUAUUUUUGCAUUUUCGCAUAAGUGGCAUUCAAGGCUGAUCACUCACUUUGAUAAUUUCAUUAGUGCAAUGUAAGAUAUGUGUUCCUAGUUAGGUCACUCUUUUGCUUUCUUAUCAGCAUAAGUCAUUAUAUUUUCUUUUUGGGAGUUGCUUGGUUUUUAAAUCUUCUCCCAACCCUGCAGUCUGUUUUAAUCAGCUUUUCAGUUCUGCGGAUUGCACUCAGCUACACUGUAUAGGAGCAGCUCAGUGAGGCAACCAUGCAGAGACGCCUAAUCCAUAGGAUUAAAAUACACAUAGUUUUAUUUAAAAUUUUAAAGCUAUUUGCGAAAAGCUUAUAAUUGAUUUGUUUGUAGAAUAUGUACAUUGCAAGUGAAUGGUCCAGAUCCUAAUCAAGUAUGAAAGGAAAAUAUACGUUAAUGUGCUGUUGAUCACGCAUGUAUAUCUGUGUUUCCAAGAGCCCUAAGCCAAAGAUACCCAGGUGCUUAGACGUGCCUAUGUUUCUAAUGCUCUCAUAAUGGUAGAAUCAACAUCAUUCCUCAUCACAAAAGAUUCUUUCCCGUACUUUCACCCUUUCCAAAGAGUUGGAUGAGGGAAGAGACAACAUAAUUUUUUUCAAUAUGUUCAAGGAUUCAGUUCUGCUCCGGCCCCCUCUAUAUCUUUUCCUUAGCUGGUGGAGUGUGCCGGCUAAUGUCUAUCACAACGGAGAGUCUCUGUCAGAGCUGAUGUGAGGUGUAACAUCUCAGAAUAUAUUAACUUAGUUUUCAAUAGUUUGUUUAGUGUUCCGGACAUAACAAUUGGAUGACAAGUGCUGCCCCAUUUACCUUGUCUCUCAUGCCAAUAACAUGUUAAAAGUGGUCGCACAUCUUUAAUUGUAAUUUUAUAAUAUUUAUUUUGGGUUCAUCUAGGUUUUUUGAGCGAUAACAUUCAUUUUAGGGUUCCUCACCAUGGUAUUCGUUCUGUCGCUUAAAUUAGAUCAGAUUCUUGCAAUGCAAUGCAGUUGCCCUGAAUUUUUUCAUGACACGGUUUGUUUUGUUCCUACGCAAAAUUUAUGGCGCAUUUCAGGAAUCCCUUUCCAAAUUUGUAAUCUGAAUAGGUCCUCAUCUUGUUGUGUUCUUUAUGCUGUAGGUUUUGCUGAAGGGCGCGAGUGGUGAUGAACUGAAGAAGGUGAAACAUGUCAUCCAAUAUGGGGUCUUUGCCGCUUAUCACUUAGCUCUUGAAACAUCUUUUCUUGCUGAUGAAGGCGCUGCUCUUUCUGAACUUCCACUGAAUUCUCCAAUAGCUGCUGCAUUGCGAGAUAAACCAUCUACCAUACAGAGAUCCAUUUCUAUAGUACCAGGUUUCACUAUACCCACUGGAAGUAUCAGAAAACUCAAUUCCAGUGUUCAGAUGGUAAACAAGAUCCCUGACCUGGAUCCUAUUACGGGACCUAAUGAAAGUGGGAGGUUUGAAAACCCGAUAUCACCGCUUUCAAGUCAAAGCCAUUUCCAGGUAUCACAAGAUCAAAACUCGUUCCCUAGUGCACAGUUUGAUGCCGAAUCAUUUUCUCUGGAGAAGAGUUCCCAGAGAGAACAUGAGACUGAGAUGCAUGCCUCCAUGUCCUCCUAUUCUUUGUCUCAUUCUGGGGAAGAUCACCCUCGCGUUUCUUCCUGUGAUCUAAAAGAGAGCAUCGAGAGAGAGCAUUUUGGGGAUGCAAAUCUGAAGACAGAUUUUCAAACUGCCAUUUCCUAUCACACCAACCCAUCUCACUGUUACAAGACCUUGGAAUCCCUUGAGAGUGUCCAUUUUGCCGCUAACGGGGCUACUAGCGAAGGUAAACCUUUCGACUUCUCACGUUCACAGUCUCUACAGAGGGAUGGCGUUCCUCUGCAUGACCAUUCGACACUUAAGGAAGACUUUCCCCCCUCUCCGUCUGAUCAUCAGAGUAUUCUCGUAUCUUUGUCGACUCGAUGUGUGUGGAAGGGGACUGUUUGUGAGCGUGCCCAUCUCUUUCGCAUCAAAUACUACGGGAGCUUUGACAAGCCUCUGGGACGGUUCUUGAGAGACCACCUCUUUGACCAGGUACCCUACUGUCUCACUUCUCUUCUCUUCUGUUCCCAAAGGAAAUUGUAUCUUUUUCCUUCAUGGCGGUUUAUGCUGUUUUCAGGGUUACCGCUGUCGGUCAUGUGAGAUGCCAUCCGAAGCCCACGUUCAUUGCUACACACAUCGCCAAGGUAGCUUGAUAAUAUCUGUCAAAAAGCUUCCAGAGCUCCCUUUGACAGGAGAGAGAGAUGGAAAGAUCUGGAUGUGGCAUAGAUGCUUACGGUGUCCCCGAGUCAAUAAAAUCCCCCCUGCAACGCGGAGACUGGUCAUGUCUGAUGCUGCUUGGGGAUUAUCGUUUGGUAAAUUUUUGGAGCUCAGCUUUUCAAAUCACGCUGCCACCAGCAGGGUGGCUAGUUGCGGCCAUUCCCUCCAUAGGGAUUGUCUUCGAUUUUAUGGGUACUCUCUCUCUCUCUCUCUCUCGCUGUAAUUUUCUGCUGGGCGUGUCUCCGUUCUAUGACCUCUCGUUUUUGUUGAAAUAACUUUUUCCCCAUCAAAAUUGACCAGGUUUGGGAAAAUGGUGGCUUGCUUCCGGUAUGCAUCUAUUGAUGUUCACUCUGUGUUUUUGCCUCCUUCCAAAUUGGAUUUCAACCGCCAAGAUCAGGAAUGGGUUCUGAAAGAAGCAGAAGAGGUCUCUGGUUAUGAAUAAUUACUCUCUCUCUCUCUAUCCAACUCUGUUGUUCGCUUCUCCCCUUUAUUUCUCAAUUAUUAUUCCUCUGCGUUCAUUGCGAAACGGAGUUUUGAUCUCUCUUUUGCGGAGGUUUCUAUUAUUUUUGAGCGAUUCAACUUUUAUGCAUCAGGUUGCUGUUCAAGGAGAGCAUUUUUUCUCUGAGGUGCAUGCCGCUCUACAACAAAUGGCAGGGAAGCAGCCUAACACAGAUUCACUCGACUAUGACGUUAAAGCCAUGGAGUCAAUGCAAUGCAUGGCUGACCUUCAGGGAAACCUGCAGAAGGAGAAGGCUCAGUUUGAGGUGAAGAAGCCUGGCGUCCUCUGCUCACCAUCGAUUGCCUUCCAGUUGUCUGAAAUAACUCCAGGUCUUUACUGAGAUUUUCGUUGACCUUUCUCCAGGAAUCUCUCCAGAGGAUGAUGAGGACGGGAGCGAAAAAGGGUCAGUCAGCCAUUGAUAUCCUCGAGAUUAACAAAUUGAGGCGGCAGCUGCUCCUCCAGUCUUAUGUGUGGGACAGGCGUCUGGUGUCUGCCGCCAGCUUGGGACAUACUUCCCCCGUAGGGCACCAUUCAUCCAAUCAGAGUGGCAGAGAGAAGGUCAACUUUAGCGAGAAGCCUGUGGAUUUGAAUCCAGCUUUGACUGAGAAGCCAGCUGGCCAUGAAGGAGGGAGCCGCGAUCUUCCAUCUCCCAGCCUUCGUGUUGUGAACUCUGAAGUCAGAGACGCGGAGACCGACAGCAAUCGUGGAAAGCAAAGUCAACGCAUUCUCCCUUACGGCAGUGCAGAUUUUGGGGAUCAGCUUGGUUCGCCGGCGUUGUCUGUUGGAGUUGUCCGGAGGGCCAAUUCAGAAGGGCAGUUCUCUACUGUCAUCACGAACCUGUCGGACUCUCUGGAUGCCAAGUGGACGGGGGAAAAUGGUGCCGCCGCCGCCGCCGCCGCCGCUGCUGCUUCUGAAGUCGGCACGGUGGCUUCCUCGGUUACGUCUGAAGCUGCAACAGAGGGCCUCUCCGACGACCGCGGCGUGCUCGACAUGGCCGAUCGAGACACAUCGUGGGAGGAGCAGCGCGCAGAAGACGUCUCCAAGUGGAUGAGAAUGCCCUUCACAGGCCUCUACCAAUCUUUCAACAAGGUCAACGGCGGCGCUCUAGGGUUCCAUUCCCUGGGCGACUACAUCCCCAUCUUCAUCCCUUCGUUCGUGGAGCUGGAGCGCCAUGGCGGGUCGAGGCUGCUGAUGUCCGUCGGGGUCAACGAUACGGUCAUCCCCGUCUACGACGACGAGCCCACCAGCAUCAUCUCCUACGCCCUCGUCUCGCCGGAGUAUCUCUCUCAGAUGGCCGACGAUCGGGAGAGGGUCACCGAGGGCGGGGACCCGUUGACUUCAUCUCUGCCGUCUUAUGACUCCGGGAGCUAUCACCCCUUCCGCUCCUUGGACGAGAUGACCUCCGAGUACUUCAGCGGCAGCGUCGCCAUGGACGAAGGCGCCAGGAGCACCAUCGCGUUGGACCCGCUGCUAUACACGAAGGCUCUGCACAUUAGGGUUUCUUUCGCAGAUGAAGGCCCCCGCGGGAAGGUGAAGUACACCGUCACCAGCUACUACGCGAAGAGGUUCGACGGCCUGAGGAGGACCUGCUGCCCCUCGGAGCUGGACUUCGUGAAGUCCCUCAGCCGCUGCAAGAAGUGGGGCGCGCAGGGCGGCAAGAGCAACGUCUUCUUUGCCAAGUCGCUCGACGAUCGCUUCAUCAUCAAGCAGGUGACGAAGACGGAGCUCGAGUCCUUCAUCAAGUUCGCCCCCGAGUACUUCAAGUAUCUCUCCGAGUCCAUUAGCACCGGUAGCCCAACCUGCCUGGCCAAGAUCUUGGGCAUCUACCAGGUAUGGUUGAAACCCUCCUUCUCUCCUCCUCCCUCCUGCAUUAUAUUUCCGUCUUCCCGGCUGAGGUCGUCGGCGGCGGCGGCGUUGUUGCAGGUGGCGACGAAGCAGCUGAAGGGGGGGAAGGAGACGAAGAUGGACGUCUUGGUGAUGGAGAACCUGCUGUUCGGGCGGAGCGUGGUGCGGCUGUACGACCUCAAGGGUUCGUCGCGGUCGAGGUACAACGCGGAUUCGAGCGGAAGCAACAAGGUCCUCCUCGACCAGAAUCUGAUCGAAUCGAUGCCGACUUCUCCGAUUUUUGUGGGGAACAAGGCGAAGAGGCUCCUCGAGCGGGCCGUCUGGAACGACACCGCCUUCCUCGCGGUGAGUGAUUCAUCCAUCGUACAUUAGUCUACCUGGGCAGCGGCCGAGCCUUCUUCUUCCUCGGCCUUCUGCUCAUUGCGGCGGCGCUUCUUUGUUAUUCUUCGGCGGCGCAGUCGAUCGACGUGAUGGACUACUCGCUGCUGGUGGGGGUAGACGAGGAGAAGCAGGAGCUGGUGCUGGGGAUCAUCGACUUCAUGAGGCAGUACACGUGGGACAAGCACCUGGAGACGUGGGUGAAGGCGUCCGGCAUCCUCGGAGGGCCGAAGAACGUCUCACCAACGGUCAUCUCCCCCAAGCAGUACAAGAAGCGCUUCCGCAAAGCCAUGUCCGCCUACUUCCUCAUGGUCCCCGACCAGUGGUCACUACCUAUCAUCGUCCCCAGCAGGUCCCAGUCCGACCUCUGCGAGGACUCCCUCGGGCCGCCGCUGUCCCCCACUCCACACCCAUGA